UCAUUAACAGCCUAUCACGUCAGAUGGGAAGUUCUCCAGUAGACCUAUGAUCCAUACAAAUAUCCAUACCGAUUAUAAGCUCCUUAGAAGUCAAAAAAAUGGCACUGAUUCAUACGAUUACAGUGUGGACUGGAUAUCUGGUGUUUACCGGAGUCGCGGUGGCGUUCAUAUUGUUUUUUGGAUACUUUCUUUACAUAAAAUAUGUGCAUCGAAAGUUUGAUCAUAUCCCAGGACCACCAAGAAAUCACUUCCUGUCUGGACAUUUUUCACCUUUUUUGGAAGACACAAGAUCUGGCCGUAAUGUUAAUGACACAUUUCUGAAAUGGGCUGCUGAAGCAAGUGGGCCUAUCUGCAGACUCAACUUUUACCAUGCUGUUUGUCUCAUUGUGACCUGCCCUGAGGCAACCAAGGAGUUCUUGAUGUCACCAAAGUAUAGUAAAGAUCCAUACACGUGCAAGCGUCUUUCUAGCAUGUUUGGUGUCAGAUUUCUUGGAAAUGGUCUACUGAGUACUUUGGAUCACAAUCAGUGGUACAAACAGCGGAGAAUUAUGGAUCCUGCUUUUAGCAGUUUAUACUUGAGGGGUCUGAUGGGUACCUUCAAUGAGAGAGCAGAGCGCCUCAUGGAAAAACUGGAGGAGUACUCUGAGAGACAGACUCCUGUUCAAAUGGACAAGCUAAUGAACACUUUCACCCUGGACGUGAUUACAAAGGUGGCCUUUGGAGUAGAUUUAGAUUUAUUCAAUGAAAGUGACUCUCCAUUCCCACGUGCCAUUGAACUCUGUCUCAAGGGCUUUGUCCAUCAUGUCCGAGACCAACAAUUUGAGUCAAAGUCUGAGAACAAAAAGGUUGUGCAGGAGAUAAAGGAAGCCAUGCUGCUUCUUCGAGAUACUGGAGCGACCUGGAUCAAUGAGAGAAAAAGAGCUAUUCAGAAUGGGGAGAAUGUGCCCAAGGACAUUCUUGCACAGAUCCUUAAAAGUGCAGAGGAAAACAAUCACGAUGAUGAAGAAAUAAUUCUGGACAACUUUGUCACAUUUUUCAUAGCAGGUCAAGAAACAACCGCUAAUCAGCUUUCAUUUGCUAUCAUGGAACUUGGAAGACAUCCAGAGAUACUAAACAGGCUAAAGGAGGAGGUGGAUGAAGUUAUUGGGAUGAAACAGGAGAUCAGCUAUGAGGACUUGGGAAACCUCACCUACCUAACUCAGGUGCUGAAAGAGACUCUGCGGUUAUACCCUACCGCUCCAGGUACAAGUCGCUAUGUGCCACAUGACACUGUCAUCAAUGGAAUAAAGAUCCCAGGAGGAUGUGUGGUUGUGUUACUUUCAUACGUGUGUUCAAGGAUGGAAAGAUUCUUCAAAGAUCCACUGACGUUUGAUCCAGAGAGAUUUAAUUUGAGUGCUCCUAAGCCCUAUUUUUGCUACUACCCCUUCUCCUUGGGCCCACGGUCUUGCAUUGGGCAAAACUUUUCCCAGCUGGAGGCAAAGGUUGCACUGGCUAAACUGGUGCAGAGGUUCGACUUCAGCCUGGUGCCAGGACAGUCCUUUGAGAUUAAGGACUUGGGCACUCUGAGGCCACUGAAUGGUGUCAAAUGCAUGGUCAAACAGCGGGACAAUGCCUAACCCUCAGAGUCAGAGCCCUCUUCAUAGGCCUACUUUAACAGGCUAUAUUACUGCUAUGAAAACACAAUAUGUUAACUAUAUGAUAUUUUAAUUCUAGUCAUUCAUUAACCAUAUAAUCAAAUAAAACAGUAGCCUUUAAUGCUCAGUUUUUAUUUUAGUCACACUUACUAAAUGGCACUUGAUUGCAAAGUGCAGGUUUGAAUCCCAUCAAUAAUGUUGAUAAUGUUGCUAUGUAUACUUAAUGGAAAAAAUAAUGAACUACACUGUGUGGCCAUUUAUAUGCUAUCUGUAUAAAACACAUUACCAUGUU